AUGGAUCGCAGGUCCCGGGCUCAGCAGUGGCGCCGAGCUCGCCAUAACUACAACGACCUGUGCCCGCCCAUAGGCCGCCGGGCAGCCACCGCACUCCUCUGGCUGUCCUGCUCCAUCGCGCUCCUCCGCGCCCUCGCCACCUCCAGCGCCCGCGCCCAGCAGCGCGCGGCCGCCCAGCGCCGCAGCUUCCUCAACGCCCACCACCGCUCGCCUCCCCAGGUAUUCCCCGAGUCCCCCGAGUCCGAAUCUGACCACGAGCACGACGAGGUAGACGUUGACCUCUCCCUCCCCGAGUGCCUAGAGUACGAGGAAGAGUUCGACUACGAGAGCGAGACCGAGACCGAGUCGGAAAUCGAGUCCGAGACCGACUUGGAGACCGAGCCGGAGACCGCCCCCGCCACCGAGCCCGAGACCGAGCCGGAAGACGAGCGCGGUCCCGCGGUGCCCAGGGGCUCCGCCUUUAACCAGUCUCUCACCCAGCGCCUGCAGGCUCUGAAGUUGCGGAGCCCCGACGCCUCCCCGAAUCGCGCGCAGCCCAUCCCUCAGGAUCCCCCCAGCCCCAGGGAGGGGGAGGAGCCGGAGCGCGCGGCAGAGAAUUCCAGCGACCCCGCGCAGUCAGAGGAGCGCAGAGACAAGAAGCAGCAGCGCCGCUGCAGACCCAAGAAGCCCACCCGUCGCGACCCGUCCCCGGAGUCCCCCAAGCGGGGACCCAUCCCCAUCCGGCGUCACUGA